UCUCUCUCUCUCUCGUACUCUUUCUCUCCACUAUCCAUUUUUUUCUCAUACUCCAUUUCUGUAUACCCGCACCCACUAUUAUAGUCGUGCGGGUCCAGUGAGAAGCUGCACCGCGUUCAUAACGUACAAUUUUUUUCAAGAUUUCGUCCCUCGUAAAGAGGCGAAAUCGAUCUGAGUGACAAUUGACCAAAUUUCAAGUAUACAAGUGACAAGGAAGUUUAUUAAUCACGUUUAAAGGAACACGACACGCGAAAGGAUGAACGACAUGGAGGCCUACGGGGACGGAUACAUGGAGCCGGAGGAAGAGUGGGAAAGGGAGGGUCUCCUGGACCCGGCCUGGGAGAAACAGCAGAAAAAAACAUUCACAGCAUGGUGCAACUCACAUCUCCGAAAAGCUGGCACUGCCAUCGAAUCGAUCGAAGACGACUUCAGGAAUGGAUUGAAGUUGAUGCUCCUACUUGAGGUGAUUUCAGGAGAAACCCUUCCACGACCCGACCGCGGUAAAAUGCGCUUCCACAAAAUAGCGAAUGUAAACAAAGCCCUAGAUUACAUUGCCAGCAAAGGUGUAAAACUUGUCUCCAUCGGUGCAGAAGAGAUUGUUGACGGUAACUUGAAGAUGACGCUUGGUAUGAUCUGGACGAUAAUCCUGAGGUUCGCCAUCCAAGACAUCUCAGUCGAGGAGAUGACUGCAAAGGAAGGUCUGCUCCUUUGGUGCCAACGUAAAACUGCUCCAUACAAGAACGUCAACGUUCAAAACUUCCAUCUCUCCUUCAAGGAUGGUCUGGCCUUCUGCGCCCUUAUUCAUCGUCAUCGUCCUGACCUCAUCGACUAUAACAAGCUCAGCAAAGACAACCCCUUGGAGAAUUUGAAUACCGCUUUCGACGUUGCUGAAAAGUACCUCGACAUUCCCAGAAUGUUGGAUCCUGACGAUUUGAUCAACACUCCCAAGCCGGAUGAACGGGCAAUCAUGACUUACGUGUCCUGCUACUACCACGCGUUCCAGGGUGCACAUCAGGUCAACAUGCGAAACACAGCAAUGCCUGAUGAACGGGCUGUGAUGACCUAUGUAUCCUCGUAUUAUCAUUGCUUCAGUGGUGCUCAAAAGGCUGAGACAGCAGCCAACAGAAUCUGCAAGGUCCUGAAGGUGAAUCAAGAAAACGAACGAUUAAUGGAAGAGUACGAACGACUGGCCUCUGACCUUUUGGAGUGGAUAAGGAGGACAAUGCCGUGGCUCGCUAGUCGGCAAACUGACAAUUCUCUCGCGGGCUGCCAAAAGAAACUGGAGGAGUACAGGACUUACAGACGCAAGCAUAAACCACCACGUGUUGAGCAGAAAGCCAAACUCGAAACGAACUUCAACACCCUUCAGACGAAACUGAGGCUGAGCAAUCGUCCAGCUUACAUGCCCACUGAAGGAAAAAUGGUGUCUGAUAUCAACAAAUCAUGGAAAGGCUUGGAACUUGCGGAGAAGGCCUUCGAAGAAUGGCUACUUUCGGAGAUGAUGCGUCUCGAGAGACUAGAGCAUUUAGCUCAGAAGUUCAAGCACAAGGCCGAUGCUCACGAAGAUUGGACCGGAGGAAAAGAGGAAAUGCUCACAUCUCAGCACUUCCGUCAGUGCAAACUGAACGAACUCAAGGCGCUGAAGAAAAAACACGAGGCCUUUGAAUCUGAUCUGGCUGCACAUCAGGAUCGGGUCGAACAGAUCGCUGCUAUCGCCCAGGAGCUUAACACACUAGAAUAUCACGACAGUGCUUCAGUAAAUGCGAGGUGUCAACGCAUUUGCGACCAGUGGGAUCGUUUGGGAACUCUCACUCAACGCAGGCGUCAAGCUCUCGAUGAAGCUGAACGUAUUCUCGAAAAAAUUGAUAUCCUGCAUUUGGAAUUCGCUAAGCGAGCUGCGCCGUUCAACAACUGGUUGGAUGGAACGAGAGAAGAUCUUGUGGAUAUGUUCAUUGUUCACACUAUGGAGGAAAUUCAAGGCUUGAUGGACGCUCACUCUGCUUUCAAAGCAACUCUUGGAGAAGCGGAUAAGGAGUACAAUUCUAUCGUCGGUUUGGUUCGCGAAGUGGAAUCUAUAGUAAAACAAUUCCAGAUCCCUGGAGGUCUCGAAAAUCCCUACACUACGCUGACUGCUCUCGAUCUGACGAAGAAAUGGAGUGAUGUGAGGCAAUUGGUGCCGCAACGUGAUGGCACGUUGGCUGCAGAACUUCGCAAACAACAGAAUAACGAGUUGUUGCGCAGGCAGUUUGCAGAAAAGGCCAAUGCCGUUGGACCUUGGAUAGAGCGUCAGUUGGAUGCUGUGACCGCAAUUGGUCUUGGGCUUCAGGGAACUUUGGAGGAUCAGCUCCACCGACUCAAGGAAUACGAGCAGGCAGUUUAUCAGUACAAGGCUCACCUUGAAGAAUUGGAGAAGAUUCACCAGGCCGUGCAGGAAGGAAUGAUCUUUGAGAAUAGAUACACACAAUACACCAUGGAAACUCUUCGUGUUGGAUGGGAACAACUUUUGACUUCGAUCAACCGCAACAUCAACGAAGUCGAAAACCAGAUCCUCACCAGAGAUUCUAAGGGAAUAACGCAAGAGCAACUCAGUGAAUUCCGAAGCAGUUUUAACCACUUCGACAAGAACAGGACAGGAAGAUUGGCUCCGGAUGAAUUCAAAUCGUGUCUUGUAUCUUUGGGAUACUCGAUUGGAAAAGAUAGACAAGGUGAUAUCGACUUCCAACGCAUCCUUGCAAUUGUUGACCCCAACAGUUCUGGAUACGUUCAGUUUGAUGCCUUCCUAGACUUCAUGACCCGCGAGUCCACGGAUACGGAUACUGCUGAACAAGUUAUAGACAGCUUCCGUAUUCUCGCUGGAGAUAAGCCUUACAUUCUGGCCGACGAACUGAGACGAGAAUUGCCACCGGAUCAGGCUGAAUACUGCAUUCAGCGAAUGCCUCCAUUCAAAGGACCUGGAGGUUUACCAGGAGCUCUUGACUACCGUUCGUUCUCCACCGCCCUUUACGGCGAAUCCGACCUUUAAUUUCGCAUUCUACGGCCUAACAGAAAAGUUUAUAUAUACGAAACACCUAGGUUUUUCAUCCCUCGCCAUUGAAAAAGAGCCCGCAUUGCUAAGAUCGAAUGCAAGAGAAUCAAAGUACUUAAUUGAAGAGAAAGAAUUCAUCUGAAGAAAGAAUAUGUGGGUAAGAAACCCCCUAAAUAGACGCACAACCGUAACCGAUGUGCCUUCUCAGGCACGCGACACUGAUUAACAGAAUGCUGACAGAAAAUAAAAAUCACCUCUCGAAUUAAAGAAAAAAUAUAUACUGAGGAUAUUACUAUGAGAAGGUAUUCAUCUCAGUUCGAAAUUUGGAAAAAAUCCUAAGAAGUGUCUUCUGCGGUACAUAUGUUUACUAAAGAGACAAUAAUAUUUUUGUAUCUCGUAUUACGUAGACGAGAGAAUAGUACGUUAUGCGCCUGAUAUCGAAGAUUUGAUACAACCAUAUCGAUUAGCAUUAAAUUAUAGAAUUAUAAUAAAAUCGUUCACCAAAAGCUAAUCACCGACCCUGAGCGACUUUUCAAUACGAGGGAGGCUUCUAAAUUUUUCGGUGAUUAGCACAAGCCGGAUGCACUGUAAUUCGCCAUAUCCAAUCAUCGAGAGCACGAGUUUAGAUUUUGUUUUUCACGGAGGUAACAUUUUGUCCGAUUGUCAGAUGAUUUUUGCGAGGCAUUUAUAAUGAAUUUUGUAGGCAGAUUCGUGCUCUCGGGUGGUUUAGGAUUGUAAAAAGAAAUUUUAAUCGGUCAACGAAAUAUCGAAUUCGAUCGACCCUCUCGUUAUGAGAAUCCAGAAAUGAAAAAACGCAAGCUCGAAAUCGAAUAUAUACAUAUUUUUUUAUAAAGACGGCAGAAUAUUGAGAGCCGUCGAUGUAUUUUAUAAAUCAUAUAUUGAAAAUACGCGAAACGAUGCUAAACAUACAAAUUAUUUAUUUAUUUGAUUUAUUAUUUAUUAAUGUACCGAUAUUAAAUUAACGUAGUAAAUGAAAUGUUCUCUCAAAGUAUUUAUUUUUAUAAAUAUUGGCCGAUGCGAUUGGUCUGUUGUAAGGCAAUAGCCAACCGGAAAAUAAUAAUGAAAAAAACUACGAAAACAGCUGCCAUCACCUAUUACGUGUAGUAAGACACAUUUAUACGUGCAGUCAUAUCUUACUUAGUUCGAUAAGUCAUUCAUCGGUAUCACUUGAAACAUUGUAUAAUUGAAUUUGUGUGAAACGCAAUAAUGAAUUAUCAAAAAAUUACAGAAUAGGUUUUGUUUGGCUUUGAAGCUUAAUGCUUUUUUUGAGAAUCUGUCUUAACGUAGUUUGAGACUUUUGUUACAGGAUCCGACUCCUCUUUUUGUUUUUUUAAUAAUACAGAAAAUUCGAUUGGCAGCUAUAGGAAUCAGGUGUUCUUUUUUUUAAUUUACGAAUCUGUAUUUUGUUUGUUUUCGUUACGAUCGAGUGUACAGUUGUACAUUGUAAGUGAGUUUUGGACGUGCUUUUUUGCAGAAUAAUUAUUAAUUAUGCACAGAGGUAGACUUCAGAAACGGAUGAAAGUCUCAAACGGAAAUCUUCAUUUGUUUGCACUAUUUUAGAUUAUAUCUAUAAAUGUGCAUACAUCUACAUUCACUCACACGACGUGCAUACGUAAAUGUAAUUAUUAAAUUUAAUCUAAGUGUAAUGUAAUUUAAAUGGUCUUCCUUCGACCACUCAUCCUGCAUCGCAUUACAUCGAUUAAAUAGAUUUCUUCUAUUUUAUUUUCCUGUACUGGUUUAGUAAUGAACAUUAUUGUACAAUGAGGAAACUAAAAAAUAAAAAUAAAAGUUCUGCAAA